GCGAAUGCCGUAUUCAUUCACUGCUGACUGACGGUGCGCGGAGUCGGCUUGAAACUGCGGCGGUGAACACUGUAAUACUAACCGAAGUGGUUUUCCGUUUUUCCCCGGCAACCGAUUUUCGAGUGUAUUUGUUCCGAGUUCACGAUUUCAUCCCUAAACCAUACCGUGUCCGCCGCCGCUGCCGUUUACGACAAUUAUUUACUUAUUUUAUGAUCGUUCGUUGUGACACGACCGCCGCGGGUCUAUAUUAUUAUUUAUGUUAUCAUUAUUAUUUUAUACAACCAGAAUUCUGAUCAACGCGUUCAUCGAAGAAACAACGAUACUGCGACCGCCACACCCAACAUGGAUAGUAUGUCUAUGCAUAUGCGGCACGUACGGUGCCCGACCUGCUGGCGGGUGUUCUGCUGCGCCAAGCACCGAGUGGAACACGAAUAUCGCGCACACAUCACCAUUCCGAUGGCGGCACCGCCCACGAUGAUCAGGCGCCGGUGUCGGUUGAAGACCGUCGGAAAUAUUCGCGUGGCCACCAACGUCGGCGUGGUCAACAAUCGGAAGAGACGGCACGCUUCCUCCGUCGACCCCGUCCAACCUGCUGUCGGUCUACGAAUGUUGGACCAGAAUCAGCAGCUACACCAGCAGCAACAACAAAAGCAGAAGCAGCAGCAGCAGCAGCAAGAGCAGGAGCAGCAGCAGCAGAAAGAGCAGGAGCAGCGACAACAACAACUGGAACAGUUACAACGGCAACAGGAGCAGGACCAGCAACUGCAACGGCAACAACAUCAGCAGGAACAGGAACAGCUGCAACGGCAACAGGAGCAAGAUCGGCAACUGCAACUGCGUGAACUGCAAGAGCAACAGAAACAGGAUCCGGAGCUACAACAACUGAACGAUGCGGUAGUACCACCGAGGCCUAUACUGAAAGCUCACCGGUCUAGCCUGUCUUUCGCAAAGAACCUCCGUCCGGUGGCCGAAAGCAGUCCGAUGGUGCCUCUGCCGUGUCCGUCCAUCACACAAUCACAAACCGAUUCUGAGCCACCUGUGUCCACAUUAUCGUCGGGUCCAUCUCGGUCGCCGUCGUUUGCGCCUCAGUCGACGUCGCUUCUGUCUCCAUCGACGUCGCUUCUGUCUCCGUCAUCGUCGUUUCCGUCGACGUCGCUUCUGUCUCCGUCGUCAUCGUUUCCGCCUCCACUGACGUUGUCUCAGUUGCAGCCAUCCCAGUUGCCUUCUCCGUUUUCUCCUCAGUUACCAUCACCACCGUCGUGUUCGUUACAACUUAUCCAGUCUGUGUCUGCACCGUCCGGGCCUUCAUCGCCGCCGUGCACGCCAUCCACGAUGACCCCAGUAGAGCCGACCGGCAUCGAGACACCCGUCGGAUCGAUAUUGGACAGUCCACCGAGUUUCUACCAGACUCCGAUGCAGACGAUGCCCUCGUAUGCUGAUCCCACGUCACCGCCGACUGAGGUCGUCAGUUCUGCGAGUUUAGUCAUCUUUAGCGACAAAAAACGUAAGCCUACCGUGAGCGACAACGAUUCGACGACGGCGCAAAAAGGUGGUGUAGGAUUUUUCUGGUCGUACAUGGCCCGUCGUUUCCGGUUGGCGCUGCGUCCGGCCAAACCUAAAGUACCCAACAGUAAUCCUCCGUCGCCCACGCCGAGCACGAGCAUAGCCACGUCUUACGGUAACAUCCAACCGAGGCGACCAAUCAACGACGACGCGCCCUUCACGCCCGUUCACGCAAGGCCGGCGCUGGAGGCCAUCAGACGGGCCCACGAAGAAGCAAGCAAGAUCACAGGCAAUAUUUUGGGUAGUUAGAGUAAUGUAUUUUUGACUUACCCUGUAAGUUGUAAUCGUAUUUCUCGGUUAGCUAUUAUUUGAUUACAAUAUUCAUUUUUUACUUUU